UGGCCCUACGUGCUGUAACGCCUGAUUAUCUUUAGUGCUGAGUCAUCAGGAGCCUAACCGAGCAGAUUGAUUUGGGUCAAUACGAGAGGAUUUUCCGUGUGUGUUCGUGUGCCUGGUCCACACAGGCCAUCAUAUUCUAAAACAAUUAUGGCCACAUUGAGUCAAGCAAUCGUCAUCUUCUUUUUAAUGUGUGGCGAAUGGCGCAUUGCUCAAGCAUGCAAACACAACGAGUACCAAGUAUAUUGCAAAGGGCGUGUUGACAUCCCCGGAGACUUGUGUCCAGGCGUUAAGCGAUGGCCAUGCAAGGGGAAGAAAAGGUGCGCAUGCGUGAAAGGAACAUUCCAGAGGUGGGACGGCCACUGCGUGCCCUACAGAGACUGCGUCUUCAGGACCUACAAUCCAGAAAAACUGCUUAGUCUGGACGAAGAGCUCGUCAUGGUGGGCGUGUCAACCUCGAUAUUUGACCAAAAGGCUUUCAAAUGCUUUAUGUCCCAGCGGGUUGAACCUGUUUAUUACAACUUCCACCGCCUGGUGACUUACCAAAAAUUAGUAGCGGGUAAGUGGCAGAAAAUGAAGUUUGACCUAAGGAUGAUCACAGAAUACUAUGGAGAAAGAAUCUUAGCCGAAGAAGCAUCGGACUCACUGCCCUACGGAAUCGACGGUUUUCCCGUUCUGCAUGCCAGCGAGGACUGCAUCAUCCUGUCAAGGCUGCCCCCAGAUGGAAAGAAAACGGAAUGCACCUACUGGGUUCGCAGAAGUGUUGUCGGAAAUCGCAACUGGCGUUGUGACUUCAUAUUCGAUGCCUUUUGCAGGUGGCAGGCGAUUGUAGUAAAUCGUGACAACAUAAAAUAUUGUAAUUAAGCGCACUAAAACUGAUAUCGAAGAAAUUUGUGCCUUCUGCAAAUCCUCUGUAAUCUUGCGUGCCAGAGAGCUCAAGCGAUCGCAAUAUGAAAUACCUUUUUAUUUUAACGCUGUUGAAGAGACACCAGAAGUAUUUCACCCGAUAAUCUGGAUACGCCUAUUUUUUUCUUCAUUUUUAUUUGUUUACAGUAAAGCAAUGGGUGUAA